UGGCUCUUGCCCCUCUUCAGGGUCUCCCGGGCUUCGAUGGCAAGGAUGGCACCCCAGGCAUCCCAGGAGUGAAGGGUGGCACAGGACAGGCCGGACGCCCGGGAACGCCGGGACACCGGGGACAAGCUGGAUUGCCAGGCCAGCCGGGAAGCAAAGGUGGCCCAGGUGACAAGGGUGAAUCGGGUCCUCGGGGCCACCCCGGUGUCACCGGUGCCCCAGGGCAGCUUGGUGAGCCCGGACCUCGGGGUGAGCAGGGCCCGCAGGGUGUCCCCGGGCCGAAGGGUGACAGGGGCGAGCGUGGCCUCGUGGGGCCCCCCGGCGAGCAGGGCAGAGCGGGGCCAAAGGGUGAGCAGGGCCCACCAGGCAUCCCAGGACCCCAAGGCUUGCCUGGACUCAAAGGAGACAAGGGCUCUCCAGGGAAAACCGGCCCCAAAGGCAGCACUGGAGAUCCAGGAGUCCACGGCCUGGCAGGGCUCAAGGGAGAGAAGGGGGAGUCAGGAGAGCCAGGACCCAAGGGACAGCAAGGCAUCCAGGGAGACCUCGGCUUUCCCGGCCCCUCGGGAGAUGCAGGAGCACCGGGAAUCCGGGGCUAUCCCGGCCCUCCCGGCCCUCGGGGGCUGGUGGGGGAGCGCGGCGUGCCGGGAAUGCCGGGCCCGAGGGGCGCAGCCGGCCGGGACGCUGGGGACCAGCACAUCGUGGAUGUGGUGCUGAAGAUGCUGCAAGAGCAGCUGGCAGAGGUGGCCGUGAGCGCCAAGAGAGCCGCCCUGGGCGGGGUCGGGGCCAUGGGACCCCCUGGCCCCCCUGGCCCCCCAGGGCCACCCGGUGAGCAGGGACCCCAUGGCCCCAUGGGACCCCGAGGUGUCCCCGGAAUCCUGGGAGCUGCCGGGCAGAUCGGCAAUGUCGGACCCAAAGGGAAGAGAGGAGAGAAGGGCGAGCGGGGAGAGGUUGGCCGUGGCCACCCGGGAAUGCCAGGUCCUCCAGGGAUCCCAGGUCUCCCGGGUAUCCCGGGCCACGCUGUGGACGGCAAGGCGGGCGAGCGGGGCCAGCCGGGCUCGCCGGGGCUGCCGGGCCGGCCGGGCUCCCCGGGGCCCGCGGGCCUGCCGGGCUUCUGCGAGCCGGCCGCCUGCCUGGCAGCCUCGGCCUACGCGGCCGCCCGCCUCACGGAGCCGGGCAGCGUCAAGGGCCCCCCGUUCUGAGCCAUUCCCCACGGAAAAUCCCUUCCCGAAGUGACCACAACACUGCAGAGUCCCACGGGGGGAAGCUGCCCCGGUUCUGGGGUGAGGGUGGAUGCAGGGAAAACACGGCCCUAAAAUGUUAAUUACCCAAAUUUGGGACCUGAUUUUCUUUGACACGGUUCUGGCAGCAUAAAAAAAUCCCCCAUGAAAAAUCCCCCAUGAGCAAAUCCCCCAUGAAAAUCCCUUCCCAAAGUGACCACAACACUGCAAUCCCGUGAGGAGACGUUUCCACGCUUUACCGGUUUUGGGGUGAGGGUGGAAACAGGGAAAACACGGCCCUAAAAUGUUAAUUACCCAAAUUUGGGACCUGAUUUUCUUUGACACGGUUCUGGCAGCAUAAAAAAAAAUCUUAGAGUGGGCAUGAAUUUUAUUUCACGGGGAGAAGCUGCCCCGGUUUUGGGGUGAGGGUGGAUGCAGGGAAAACACGGCCCUAAAAUGUUAAUUACCCAGAUUUGGGACCUGAUUUUCUUUGACACGGUUCUGGCAGCAUAAAAAAAUCCCCCAUGAAAAAUCCCCCAUGAAAAUCCCUUCCCAAAGUGACCACAACACUGCAAUCCCAUGAGGGGACGUUUCUGUGCUUUCCCGGUUUUGGAGUGAGGGUGGAAACGGGGAAAACACAGCCCUAAAAUAUUAAUUAUGCAAAUUUGGGACCUGAUUUUCUUUGGCACAGUUUUGGCAGCAUAAAAAAAUCUUAGAGUGGGCAUGAAUUUUAUUUCACGGGGAGAAGCUGCCCCGGUUUUGGGGUGAGGGUGGAUGUAGGGAAAACACGGCCCUAAAAUAUUAAUUAUGCAAAUUUGGGACCUGAUUUUCUUUGACACGGUUCUGGCAGCAUAAAAAAAUCCCCCAUGAAAAAUCCCCCAUGAGCAAAUCCCCCAUGAAAAUCCCUUCCCAAAGUGACCACAACACUGCAAUCCCGUGAGGAGACGUUUCCGUGCUUUACCGGUUUUGGGGUGAGGGUGGAAAUGGGGAAAACACGGCCCUAAAAUGUUAAUUUUGGGAAUAAACUCAAAUUUGGGACCUGAUUUUCUCUGACACGGUUCUGGCAGCAUAAAAAAAAAAUCCUAGAGAGGGCAUAAAUUUUAUUUCACAGGGAGAAGCUGCCCUACUCUCCCGGUUCUGGGGUGAGGGUGGAAACAGGGAAAACACGGCCCUAAAAUGUUAAUUACCCAAAUUUGGGACCUGAUUUUCUUUGACGCAGUUCUGGCAGCAUAAAAAAAAAUCUUAGAGAGGGCAUAAAUUUUAUUUAAAUACACUUUAAGGUUCCUCUGUGCUGCCAGAACCUGUAAAGGGGUCUUUAUGUAAACUAGAAUUAGGGCCUCUAAUCCUGUUUCCAAAUCUGCUCACUGCACCCUUUUCCCAAAAAAAAAGAAAAAAAAAUGGAAGAAAUCUUAUAAAUCCCUGUGAUGUUUGAAGGAGCUGGUGGAAAUUCCCUUUUUAGCCUUCCCUUUUCUUUUUGAAAUUGGAAUUUUUAAAGCCCCCCCCCCCCCCACCAAAACCAAAAUCAUGGUUUGAUUAUUUAAGAGAAUUCCCAGCUCCAACUUGGUCACUCCCAGAGCUGUAAAUCUUUGUAAAAUAGGGAUAAAAAUAGGGAUAUUUUAUAAUUGUGAUGAGGAAGACACCAACUUUUGGAAAAACUGGACAAUAAAACCAAGCUGGAUUCUUAAUA